AUGCAUUCGUCAAAUCCCAAUCUAGUGAUGGAAUUCGAUAGUUUUAGGGUGAAAGACGAGAAGCAGCAUUUCAACUUGGACCCUCUUCGACAGAUCCGUAAGAUUUGUCGAAAGCCACUGCCUGUGUUCAUCAGAUCGGAAAGCUCACAUUCCUUCGACCAUGCUAAAAUAAAAGAGAUGCACAUGCUCUCGGCGUGUCCUAAUGAUAGAAAACAACGACAUUUUUCAGCAAGUAAUUUACACGAUAAUUUAGAAAAAGGGGAUCCAAUCUUCGCCAAAUUCAAGAAAGCCUACAAAUUUCCAAAAUUACCCAUUCGAGUUCAUCCUGAAAGAAUCAGCAUUGCCGACACGACUCGCUCUGAUCAAGAACAACUAGAUGUUGGAGCACCACCAUCUAUAGACGAGUCCUUUUUCUUUGAAAAUCUUGAACCAUUAAGAGGUGUGGAAGUUGAUGGAGCUAACAUACUUAAAUCAAUAUGGAACACAAUGAGCGAUGCAGAAAUGAAAAUUCUUAAAGAAAUGGAGAAUGGCAACGUGCCAGAAAGGAACGGAUUUCUCUUUCCAGAUUUCGACGAUAAAUUCAAAAGUGUUGCAUUUACCUGGGCUUGUAUUCGUGGCGUUUCUCAAGUUUUGCCCAGACUAGAAGCCUCGGGGGCAGAUAUUAAUAAUGUCUAUUUUAAGGGAGCAACACCAUCAAUGUUUUCUGCUUUUUCUGGAGAAACUGCUUGUCUGAAGUACCUAAUUGAGAGAGGUGCACAUUUUAAUUACGUUAGUCCUAUUUAUGGUCAUUCUGCAUUGCACUCAGCUGCAGCUGGAAAUUGUCCUGAAACUGCCGAGAUUCUUUUGGAUAAUGGUGCUGACUUAAAUAAUUCAUCAAAUAAUCCAGACAUGCUCCCGAUUUUACACUACGCUAUUAGAAUAAAGUCAGAGGCAGUUGGAGAAUUAUACAUCAAGCGAGGAGCCGACCUCACAUACAAAAAUCUCAGCGGAGAAACUCCCCUUCAUGUUGCUUGUAGUGCCCAAUCUUUAAAAUUUUGUGAACUCUUACUACAGAAACCAGAAGUUGAUGUAAACGCUCUAGAUGAAAUGCAUAGGACUCCACUACAUUACGCUGUAAUGGCUACCGGCUUAAAUAUUAAAAUAGUAGAUCUCUUACUGAAACAUGGUGCGCUCGUUAAUCCAAUAGACAAAGCCGGAUUUUCGCCUCUUCAUGUUGCAGCUUUAGAGGAGCAUGUAGAGUGCGUCGAAACACUAAUUAGGAAUGGUGCAGAUGUGAGUGCAACCACAAGCAAAGGAGUUUCAGCCCUUAAUAUUAUUUUACGAAAGAUACCAGAAUCAUUUCAAGCUUUUCGAAUGAAGAUGGAUUCUUCUAUACUGUUGAGACGGCCAGGCUCUCAAAACAGGGAAUUUGAGAUGAGAUUGUACUUCAACUCUAUUCUACCAAGUGAUGACAGACCCGAAACUAGUUUCAUUAACAUCUUUAUACAAGAGAAUUUGACUGAUCUUCUAUCACAUCCUCUGGUCACGGCGUUUCUCUACUUAAAGUGGCAAAGGAUUAAAAAGUUUUACCUACUCAAUAUAUAUUUGUACACACUCAUGGUGAUCUUCAUGAGUACUUACAUAUUAACGGCUUUAGCUUAUGAGUGUUACAAUUCCCCGGAGGAAAAUAUUAUUAGUCAUAAUAGUACUUAUGAGAUUUGUUAUUACUUUGACAAACGAUUUGUUGAAAUUGAUUGGUAUAUUUGGUUAGUUUUCGUUUGUUUGAUGUUACCGAGGAAGAUUCUGAGUUUCGUAACAUAUGAGAACUUUAAGGAGUGCCUAUGGAAUAUAGACAACAUUUUGGACACUAUAGUUAUAAUUAGUGUAUUUGCUACGUCUUUUAUCUACACAGGAAGAACUUAUAAUUGGCAGAAUUAUAUCGGUGCUUUUUCCAUUCUCUGUGCUUGGACAAAUUUGAUGUUGAUGAUUGGUCAACUGCCAGGAUUCGGGACUUACGUUGCGAUGUUUACUCAUAUUCAAUAUGAAUUUGCAAAACUUUUGUUUGCUUAUUCAGGAUUACUCAUUGGAUUUACUAUGAGCUUCUGUGUAAUUUUUGAUGGUGAACCGUCUUUUGCAAAUCUAUUAACGGGUUUGAUCAAAAUUCUAACGAUGAUGGCUGGAGAACUUGACUUUGAGGGACUUAUAAACCAUCCAAAAGGGAGGGAUAGUGGUUAUAUUAUUGUUUAUAAUCCAUUAUCUAUUUUUUCGCAAAUCCUCUUCAGCCUUUUUGUCAUUUUUAUUGUCGUAAUUUUAAUGAACUUGUUGGUUGGUAUAGCUGUACACGACAUAAAAGGUUUACGAAAUCAGGCAGGUCUUACCAAACUCAACCGAACGACGAAACUGAUAGUUUACACGGAAAUGGCAGAGUGCAAAAUAAAACUUUCGCCAUUUCUUAAAAGAUUAAUGUCCAAUAAAACAGAUGCUCACCUUCGAAAGCAUGUUCUAGUAGUAAAACCAUUAAAUCCCUUAGAAAAUAGGCUUCCUAAAGACAUUCUUAAAAACGCUUAUGAAAUUGCUCAUAAAAAUAGUCCAAUUUGGAACGAUGAAUAUCCUGAUUACAGCGAGAAGGAUCCUUGCAUCCCAAAGAAGAAUGAAGAGGAUACAAAUGCUGAUUUGGAAGCAAGAAUUGCAAAACUUAGUUUGCAGUUUAAAAACAACAUUGAUCAGCUUCAUGAGUUGAAGGACCAGUUACGCGAAACGGAAACAGUUUUGGAACAAAUCAUAUUGAAAUUACCAUAG